GUUUAUAAUAUGACUGAGGACAUCUACCCUUUGUUCGGAUGGGAUGACCCUGUUCCGAACGAAUUCAAAGAGAUCUUCUCCAAAUGCGCCAAGUAAGAAUUUAAAUGAUUGUUGUACUUUUAGUGAGUCAGACUCCCGAAAGUGUAGUAGCACAUUAGAAGAAUCCUUAAGUAGUUGAGUUGUGUGUAUGUUUUUAGUAGUGGACGAGGAUUACGAGAUAAUAGGAAGAAGCCAAAAUGAAAAUUCAAUCUGCCCGCUCUGCUACCAAACUGUGCAAUCAGGUCACACACAAUUGUACUCCAAUCUCCUUUCCCAGUACUUUGAUGUCCACACUCAAUGCGCCCUCACUUGCAAACAUAAAACAGCACAACUUGCCCUCUUAACAGAUUCAAUCUAGCAUGCGCAAAUUAUGGAACGAGUCCCAGUAGACUACGACCUAUUGGAUCUGAAUGUCAAAGUCUUCGUGGAAUUCAGAAUAUUUCACACCAUCGCACAACAACCCUACCUCAGCCUCACGCAUUCCACCACACUCAAACAGAAGAAAAACACAUCCAUCCUAAUCGAUUACGCAAAUCUGAGAGAGUACUUCGGUAAAAGACAGAAACACCUUGUCCCGCUGAUGCAAGGUCGCAUUCAAAUCGACGUUCACAUCAUGGAUAGCAAUCUCAUGCAAGAAGCCAAGAAUGUCCAUAGCUACGAAUUCUACUACAAUGCAAACAAAGUUACCAGCGAUUACAUCUGCAUCGGAUAUGAUGACAUAUGCAUCUCUAUGUAACUAGAAGAAGAACACAACCAACCUCAAUUGUGCUUGAAAUCACUCCAAAUCAACUUGUCUCCAGACUUAGCCAAACAACUCACCAAACAAUCACCCAAGUCCUCCCCCAUUGUUGAUUCAUUCCUCUUCUCACCCAAAACCCGUAUUUUCACGCCUCAAGUUGGCCCUGCACAACAAAGAGUCCGUUUCCAAUCAUUCCAAUUAGAAGAGCAAACCCAACCAGAUGAAUGGACUGAAGAUUUGUAAAGCUUUGAGCAAAUACGAGGCAACAUCGUCAAUUUUGUCAAGACUCAACAUGGUAGUCGACUCAUCCAAAAGCAUUUCACUACUUGUACACAAAUGGAAUUGGAUCAACUGUUGCAAGAAAUAGGUCCACACAUAGGCGAUCUGAUGAUUGAUCCAUAUGCCAAUUACAUGUUCGGCAGUCUGAGUCAGAGUUGUGCUCCACAUCAACGAUUAUACAUCUUACAAACCGUAACCUUUUAUUCAUAUAUAUUGUUCAGAUUUCCAAUCACCUCGUGGAUAUUGCAUGCGAUAAAAAGGGUACUCAUGCUAUUUAAUCGUUGGUUUCUUUGAUAUCAUCUAAACAAGAAGAAGAAAUGGUUGAAAACAGUAUAAAAAAUCAUAUCAUCUUUCUCACUCUGGAUAGUCAAGGAACACAUUUGAUCAAAAAGAUCAUUGCCAGAUUCUCAGAAGAUCGUUUGAAUUUGAUAUUUUGCAAAUUAAUGGAGAGAUUCAUUUAGGUCGUCAACCAUCAAUUUGGACUUUGUGUCUUGAAGGAUCUCAUUACUAAAUUCAAAAACAAUCAAGAGAAAUGCAACUUUAUUUUAAUCAAGAUGCGCGAUCAAUUAGAUGAUAUUGUGCAAGAUCCUUUUGGUAAUUAUGGAGUCCAACACGUGAUCGAUGUAAAAUCUGCGUAUCUAUUUAUUUAUAGGUCUACGGUGAUCAGAAAUGCACUCCAAUAAUAGAUAAAAUUUUGUAGAAACUAGUGCAACUAUCAAUCCACAAAUAUUCUUCGAAUGUUGUGGAGAAAUGCAUUUUAGAAACCUCUGCAAAAACAUAAAAACGAUUCAUUAAACAAUUGUCACAAGAUGGCAUUUGCUUGGAAUUGAUGAAAAACAAAUUUGGAACCUUUGUUCUACAGAAAGCUCUUUAAGAAGCUGAGAAACUAGGCGAAGGAGACAUAUUAUAGUAAGCUCUUUAGCGGAACUUGCCUUCCAUCUAUGCUUAGAACAUCAGGCAGAAGUGGAUGGAAUACUUAGCUAAGAAGUGAUUAAUUGACCU